AUGGCAAAUGACAGUCUUGGAUCACCUGGGGCUUUGGAUCAGGAUGUCCACACCAACAUCCAGCUGCCUGUAGAUGCAAUAGUCAUCCAGCUGUGCACUGAGGGGGACACAAUGCCACUCAUUCACAGGGCCUUGAAUGUUCAAGAUGCACAGCUUGCUGACCUAUUAAGAGGGUGGGAGGCAGGGCAGGUCAUUGCUGUUCCCAUUGGUGGAGAGCCUGCAGCUGUGCCAGACAAGCACAGCAUGCUGCAUGGGCACAGUCAAGAGCACCUUGGUAGUGCUACAAAUGUGGAUCAGGGGAACGUGCAGAACAAGACUGGCAGUCACAAACAGAAAGGGAAAUGA